CUCGCUGCCCCUGCCAUUGCCUUGAAGCUCGCCGCCUCGCCGCCUCCAGUAGCCGCAGAUGACAGUGAGAGACCCCAGCAAACGCGCACACACCGCAACCACCACCGCACGGGAUAGCAUGAUACAUCGCGAGAACAAUACCGUCCGUCCACGAAACGUAGAGGAUAUCACCGAGCUUGAAGAGAAGGGCCUGCUACGCAGAGUCGAUGACGAUAGUCCAGGACCGUCUCCAGCCAGGCGGCGCGGGAAAGGCAAGGAAAAGGAGACGAGGCUGGAGAAAGCCCCCGUGGAAGAAGAAUACAGUACCGGACUGACUACACGUCGUGACAAAGAAGCGUUUGCGCUGCUCGUCUUGCUAUACCUUCUCCAGGGUAUUCCUCUCGGCCUCACUUUCGGUACCCUCCCGUUCCUCCUCAAAUCCCACCUCUCCUACUCCCAGCUCGCAAUAUUCGCCCUCUCCACGUGGCCAUACUCUCUCAAACUCCUCUGGUCUCCUAUUGUCGAUGCGUGGUUCGUGAAAAAGUGGGGUAGAAGAAAGAGUUGGAUCGUGCCUGUACAGGGACUGGUAGGCUUGGGUAUGUGGGUUAUCGGUGGUAAGAUCGAAGAGUGGCUGAACGUUGAAACUGUCGACGUCAAGUUUUUAACGGCAGUCUUUGGAUCUCUCAUCUUGGCGGCUGCUACCCAAGAUAUCGCUGUUGAUGGCUGGGCUCUCACCCUCCUCUCCCAACCCAACCUCUCGUACGCAUCUACUGCCCAAACAAUCGGUAUCGGCAUCGGCAACGCCCUCAGCUUCACCGUCUUCCUCGCUUUCAACAGUAUCGACUUCUCCAACAAAUACUUUCGCUCCCCUUCCCGACCACUCGAUUACCCUCUCGUUUCGUUGGGGGGUUACAUGAAGUUUUGGGCUGUGGUGUUUGUGGGUGUGACGGUGGGGUUGGCGGUUUUGAAAAAGGAAGAUCCGCCCAGUGAGGAUGAUCCGGAUAUGGAUGUGAAAAAGGUGUACAAGGUUAUGUGGAGUAUCGUCCGUCUCAAAAACAUCCAAACAUUCCUGUUUGUCCACCUCAUCUGCAAAAUCGGCUUCCAAGUCAACGACUCUGUCACUUCCCUCAAACUUCUCGAAAAGGGAUUAUCAAAAGAAGAUCUCGCAGUCGCCGUCUUGCUCGAUUUCCCGGCACAGAUGGCUGUCGGUUGGUUGGCUGCCAAGUGGUCACGACCUGCCCCGUCUUCGUCUUCAUCUUCACAUCCGCUUACCGCCGGAAGAGGAGCAGGAGCAGGAGAAUCAGGAAACGUACUCAAACCCUGGUUAUACGCAUUUUGGGCCCGACUUGCCAUGGCUGCCAUCUCCACGCUCGUCGUCGCUGGCUUCCCAUCCAACCGCGCCAGCUCGGUUGGGACCACCUACUUUCUCCUCAUCAUUGCCACCACCCUCUUCUCAAGCCUCACCAGCACAGUCCAAUUCGUCGGUAUCUGCGCUUUCCACACUCAAAUCGCUGACCCCCUUAUCGGAGGCACGUACAUGACCCUUCUCAACACCGUCUCCAACUUGGGCGGGACUUGGCCGAAACCGCUGAUCUUGAGGUCGGUGGAUAUGCUUACCGUGGCGACUUGCUCUGUCUCCAGCAGCAGCACCACCACCUCCCUGCGAAGCAAGCUCUCACUCUCAUCGUCAGCCUCAGGUCUAGGAGAAUGCGUGACGGAGCAUGGGAAGAACUUGUGUGCCCAGGCGGGAGGCGAAUGCGUAAUGCAGAGAGAUGGGUAUUAUAUCAUGUCGGCGGUUUGUGUUACCCUCGGAGCCGGGUUGUUGGUCGUCUUCAUCUUGCCCAUGGUCAAGCGUUUGGCCGCACUGCCAAUGUCUGCAUGGCGAGUCAAGAUUCCCAACUAGAAAACGACAAAACUUUGUAAAUAUCAAAUAUCAUUUUAAGGAUAUUUUAAACAAUAUAGAACUCAUAAACGUUACUAUGGAUGAAUUAUCAUAUGCAUUUCCUAUAUCAUCACACCCUGCUUUUGAUUUUCAAUCUGUGCUACUUGUACGCCGCAUCAACUCUUUACAUCUCCACGUCUUCAUCCGCCUCCACAUCCUCCGCUUCCACCACAACCACCUCUGA